AUGCCAAAAAUAACCACACAAAACCAACCUCAACAAGAUGAAGAAGACUUUUGUUUUGAAUGCAAAGAUGGUGGACAACUUGUUAUCUGUGAUCACAGAAAAUGUGUAAAAGUUUAUCAUCCUCGCUGUGUUGAAAAGGAUGAUUCGUUUUUUGAGAGUGCAAAAUCUUGGACUUGUGGUAGACAUAGUUGUUUCAAAUGUAACAAAUACACUAAGUUUUGUUGCCUUGGCUGUCCAAAUUCUCUAUGCAAACACUGUGUUUCCGCUUCGGAGUUUACCGUGGUUAGAGAUGUUCAUGGCUUAUGCUGUGAUUGCUUGGAGAUAGUUGAGAUUGUAGAACUAAAUUUGGACCAAGACUUGGAAGGGAACAAAAUAAGUUUGGAUGAUAGAGAAACAUAUGAAUGUCUAUUCAAGGAAUAUUGGGAAAUUGUUAAGGUAAGAGAAGGACUGACUAAAGAAGAUGUCCUCAUCGCGCUUCUCCGCAAUAGAAGGCGGUUUGUGCCACGGAAAAGUCGCAAUGAAGGCGAGAAAGAAAAACAAAAUGACACCGGAAGUAAUGAAGAUUACACUAGUAGUGUGCAUAAACCUAACAAACGGAAGCGGGAACCAGAAACCAGGGAUGAAAAAGAUGAAAAGUUGUGUUUUGUGUGCAAAGAUGGCAGAGAACUAGUUAUCUGUGAUCACAAGAACUGUGGAAAAUUUUAUCAUCCAAACUGUGUUGGAAAAGAUGUUUCUUUUUUUGAAACUGCAAAAUCUUGGACUUGUGGUAGGCAUUUUUGUUUCAACUGCAAAAAAGGCGCCAAGUUUCGGUGCCUUGGAUGUCCGAAUUCUGUAUGCAAAAAGUGUGUUUCUGCAUGGGAGUUUACUGAAGUUAGAGGUGUUCAAGGCUUGUGUGGUGACUGUUUGGAGAUAGUAGAGAUUAUAGAACUAAAAUUGGACCGUGACUCGGAAGGGAACAAAAUAAGCUUGGACGACAAAGGAACGUAUGAAUGUCUAUUCAAGGAGUAUUGGAAACAUGUUAAGGUAAUAGAAAGAUUAACCGAUGAAGAUAUCUCAGCUGCACUGCCAAAUCGUCGAAAAGGUAAAGACUUUGAAACAAGUUGCAGUGAAGGCGAAGAAGCAAAACGAAAUGACAUCGACAGUGAUGAAGAUUAUACAGCUAUGCAUAAGGAGAAUGAAUGGAAACAACACGGUUCAAUGGAAUUCGUCGGAUGGGCAUCAAGACCUCUCGCAAACUUCCUUGCAUCCAUAGGGAGAUAUGACACUGAAGUACCAAUGCUGCAAUGGGGCGUAAGAUCUCUCAUAUGUAAAUACAUUAAAGAGAAAAAUCUGUAUCAUCGCAAAGACGAGAAAAAAUUCUCACCUGAUGAAAAGUUGUUUCCUAUCUUUAAUAAGGAAGUAAUGUCGAAAGAUCAGAUAUAUUCUCUACUCGAGUUUCACUUUGCUAAAAAGUCGGAUGAUUCAUAUGGAAAGGAAAAUCAUGCUCAAAGUAAAAACUAUUCUUCAGAAAAGAAUCAUGUCGAUGAUCAAACAUGUACCGAAAGCAGAUUAUCAAGGUUAAUGGAGAAACCUCUAAUAAAAAGAGCUGAUUUAUUGAUAAAACCUGGAGGUUAUGCACCGAUCAAUGCUCAUAAUAUUGCGCUUAUCUAUCUCAAAAGAAGCUUGGUGUUGGAGUUAUCAAAACAGCACGAAAGCUUUGCGAGUAAGGUUGUUGGAGCCUUUGUUAGAGCCAGGUCAGAUUCCAAUGAUCAUAAGCAAAGGAAUUCAUAUCAUCUCGUGAGAGUCACAGGUGUUGUACAUGCUGAAAUGUCUAAUGAAAUACUCUUGAAAGUUUCUUUCAUGCCUAAAGCGAUUUCCAUCUCCGAGCUUUCGGAUGAAGAUUUCACAGAGCAAGAGUGUGAGGAUUUGCGGCAAAAAGUGAACACAGGCUUUAUCCCAAAAUUAACUACUGAGGAACUUCAAGAGAAGGCUACAAGUCUUCACGAGGAUAUGACAAAACAUCGCCUAGCCUAUUUGCAAAUUCAAAUCGAUCGUGCAAAUCUCAGAGGAAGAAUGAGAGAAUAUCCUUCUUCACAUUAUGUUCAUCUCUGCGAUGCUUACACGUGCAUAAGAAAAUGUAUAUGUAUCGGUUCCGUAUUUAGGCCAAAUACAAAAGAGAGGGAAGAGCUUGAACGGCGAUGGAAACAUGAACAACUGUCGAGGCGUGUGCCAUUAGUCCCCGAGCUUAUGGAGGUACGAGAAGGACUAACCGAUGAAGAUGUCAAUGCCACACUUCCCAACAUUAGAAUUCGUAAAGAUUUCGUGUCUCAUACAAGUAGCAGUGAAGGCGAAGAAGAAAAAAAAAAUGAUACCAACAGUCAUGACGAUUAUACAGGCAUGCAUAUGCCAAGCAAACGGAAGCGGUGUAGUUCGAUGGAACCAGAACCUGAUGAAGAAGAAGAAGAAGAUGAAGAGUUGUGUUUUAUAUGCAAAGAUGGUGGAGAACUAGUGAUCUGUGAUCUCAAGAGUUGUAGAAAAGUAUAUCAUCCGGAAUGCGUUGAAAAGGAUGAUUCGUUUUUCGAGACUGCAAAAUCUUGGACUUGUGGUAGGCAUUGUUGUUACAACUGCAAUAAACCCGCCGAGUUUUGUUGCCUUGGCUGUCCAAACUCGGUAUGCAAAAAGUGUGCUUCUUCUUCAGAGUUUACUCUAGUUAGAGGUGUUCAAGGCUUGUGCUGUGACUGUUUGGAGAUAGUUGAGAUUAUAGAACUAAAAUUGGACUGUGACUCCGAGGGGAAAAAAAUAAGCUUGGAUGACAAGGAAACAUAUGAAUGUCUAUUCAAGGAGUAUUGGGAAAUUCUUAAGGUAAGAGAAGGACUGACUGAUGAAGAUGUCGCGGCCGCACUGACAAGCAAUAGAAAGCAGGAAGACGUUGUGCCUCGUAAAAGUCGCAAUGAAGGCGAAGAACAAAAACCGAAUGACACCAAUUGUAAUGAAGAUUGUACAAGUAUGCAUAAGCCGAAGAAACGGAAGCGGCACAGUCCAUUGAAAUUCGUCGGGUGGGCGUCAAGACCUCUAACUAACUUCCUUGAAUCCAUAGGGAGAUAUGAAACUGAACCAAUGACGCAAUCGGGUGUAAAAUCUCUCAUAUGUGAAUACAUUAAGGAGAAGAAACUUUCUCAUCCCAAAAACAAGAGAAAAUUCCGCACUGAUGACAAGUUGUCUCCUAUCUUUGGAAAGAAAGUAAUGUUGAACGAUAAGUUAUAUUCUCGUCUUGAGUGUCACAUUGCUAAAAAAUCGAAUGAUUCAUCUCAAAAGGAAAGUCAUGAUCAAAACAAAAACUGUUCUACAAACAACAAGAAUAUCAAUGAUCAGACAUGUAACGGAAGUAGCUCGUCAAGCUUAAUAGAAAAGCCUCUUCAGAAAAAAGUUGAUACAUUGAUUAAACCUAGUUGUUUUGCAUCGAUCAAUGUAAGUAAUAUAGCGCUUAUCUACCUCAAAAGAAGCUUGGUGUUGGAGUUAUCGAAACAGCGUGAAAGCUUUAUGAGCAUGGUUGUUGGAAGCUUUGUUAGAGCAAGAACAGAUUCCAAUGAUCAUAAGCAAAGGAAUUCAUAUCAACUCGUGAGAGUCAUAGGUGUCAAACACGAUGAAAUGCCUAAUGGAAUACUCUUGGAAGUUUCCUUCAUGCCUAAAGCGGUUUCCAUUUCCGAGCUUUCUGAUGAAGAUUUCACCGAGCAAGAAUGUGAGGAUUUGCGACAAAAAGUGAACACUGGCUUGCUCCCCAAGUUAACCGUUAAGGAUCUUCAAGAGAAGGCUACAGUUCUUCAAGAGGAUAUAACAAAACGGUCGAUUGCGAACCGUCUAGUCGAUUUGGAAUCUCAAAUCGAUCAAGAAAGAGAAGAGCUUGAACAGCGACGGAAACAAGAACAACUGUCAAGGGGCGUGCCAUUCGUUGUCCCCGAGCUUACAAAAGAAUCCGAUGAUAUCGUGUCUCAUACCGAUGAAGAUGUCUCUGCCGAACUUCCAAACAAAAGAAUUUGUAAAGGUUUUGUGUCUCUGCCGGAUGAUUCGGCUGGAAAGGAAAACCAUGAUCAAGAGACAAACUACUCAACCAACAAGAAUCAUAUCGAUGAUCAGACAAGUAUCAAAAGCAGAUUGUCAAGGUUAAUGGAAAAACCUCUUAUGAAAAAAGGUGAUUUAUUGAUAAAACCCGGAUGUUUGGCAUCCAUCAAUGCCAAUAAUAUCGGGCUUAUCUACCUAAAACGAGGUUUGGUGCAACUGUUAUCGAAAGAGUCUGAAAGCUUUUUGAGUAAAGUUGUUGGAACCUUUGUUAGAGUAAAAGUAGAUUCCAAUGAUCCGAAGCUAAGGAAUUCAUAUCAUCUUGUGAGAGUCAUAGAUGUCGUGCAUGAUGAAAUAUCUAAUGGAAUACUCUUGCAAGUUUCUUUCAUGCCUAAAGCUAUUUCCAUUUCCGAGCUCUCCGAUGAAGACUUCACCAAGGAAGAAUGUGAGGAUUUGCGACAAAAAGUGAACAAUGGCUUGCUCCCCAAGUUAACCGUUGGCGAUUUUCAAGAGAAGGCUACAAGUCUUCAUGAGGAUAAAACAAAACAUUGGAUUGCAAUGCGCCUAGCGAAUUUGGAAAGUCAAAUCGAGCGCGCAAAUCUCAGAGGACGGAAUAAACAAAAAAUUGCAUUACUAGAUGAAAGGGAAGAGCUAGAACAACAAUGGAAACAAGAACAGCUGUUAAAGCGCGUGCCAUCGGUUAUCCCGGAGCUUAUGGAAGUGAAAUAUGAUGAUUCUGAGCAAGGCAAUGGGGAAUGA